AAUUCGACCACGCUUCCGCCGCACCUUCUCCCCUUCCGCCUCCGAUGGCCACGACGACAACGACGGGGACGGUGACGGCGCCGGCGGCCAGCGCCAACUUCGUAGCGACACCAGCGGCUCCGCAUCCACGCCCCGGCGUGCCACCCGCUCCAAGGGCCCCCUCCACCUUGGGUCUCGUCAAGUCGGAGGCCUCUCCAGCCCCCUCGCCCACUACCUCCGCCGCCACCCCCGCUGCCGCCGCAUCCGGACCGGAGGAUCCGUCCUACAUCAUCACCAUCCCGAGUUAUUCAGCGUGGUUCUCGUUCGACUCCAUCCACGACACUGAGCGCCGCCUCCUGCCGGAGUUCUUCGAGGGGGAGGCCGCGGCGGCGUCCGGGUGCCGGGGCCCGGGCGCGUACAAGUACUACCGCGACACCCUGAUACGGAGGUUCCGGGCGCGGCCGGGUCGACGGCUCACGCUCACGGAGUCCAGGCGGGGACUUGUCGGCGACGUCGGCUCCGUCCGCCGCGUGUUCGACUUCCUUGAGGAAUGGGGGCUCAUCAACUACGGUGCUUUGCCGUCGGGCUCAAAGCAGGCGAAAGAGAAGAGGGAAGAGGCUGCACCACAGUCGACGUUGCCUUCUGGGGCAACAGCACCCAGGAAGCUUUGUACUGGGUGCCGCACUGUGUGUGGGCUUGCUUACUUUGCCUGCGAGAAGGCAGAUAUAAGUCUCUGUGCUAGAUGCUUUGUACGUAAUAACUACCGGCCAGGUCUGACUGCUGCAAACUUCAAGAAAGUUGAAAUUACUGAAGAUGCAAAAUCAGAUUGGACAGACAAAGAAACUCUUCACUUGCUUGAGGCUGUCUUGCAUUAUGGUGAAGACUGGAAAAAGGUGUCUGAACAUGUUGGUAGUCGAUCAGAAAAAGACUGCAUCGCAAGAUUCAUCCGGCUACCUUUUGGAGAACAGUUCAUGGGACCCAAGGAGGAUAGAAUGGGGUUUGAAAAUGAUGAUGACAUUACUGAUGAACCUGGAGCAGAUGUCUCAAAACGGCUCCGUCUCACUCCAUUGGCAGAUGCAAGCAAUCCGAUAAUGGCUCAGGUUGCAUUCUUAUCGGCCAUUGUGGGUUCUGAUGCUGCCUCAGCUGCAGCUCAAGCAGCUAUUUCUGCACAAUCCCGUGUUGAUCUAAAUGACGGAGAGAUUGAUUCUUCAAUAAGUAGCACCAGGGAAGAAGCCAACGAUUUGCUGAAAGAGGCUGCUGCUAAUGCACGGGCACAACUUGAAAAAGAAAGGAAUGGCAUAGAGCAAUCUUUAUCCGAUAUAGUGGAUGUCCAGAUGAAGGAAAUCCAAGAUAAAAUAUGCCGUUUCGAACAUAAGGAGAUGCUGAUGGAGAAAGAACGACAGCAGCUCCGCUGCCUUAGGGAUUUGCUUUUCGCAGAUCAAUUGGCAAUCAUGCAACAUCAACGCAAGCCCCAAGCUGUAGCCGCGGAGAGCAAAUAUGACGAGAAGCCAAAACCCGUGAUUAACAUAAGUUGAUUCAAAUAGGGAUCGACAGUUGUGAGAACUGGACAUAGGUGUGCACCAUUUUAGCUAACUUAUUCCCCCCUUUGUUGGCCUGAUUCUAGUUGUAUGUUCAAUCCAUGUACCGUCGCCUCAGAUGUUAUAGGAAGCAAGGGUGAUGUCUAUUCUUUACAUUCUGGCUGAUGAGAAUGGUUUACUUCCUUCCCUCAAAUCUUGUUGCACAAAAAAGACCUAAAGUAGCAUGGAUCAGCAAUUGUAAAGAGAUGAAGUGGUACGGUUUGCAAUCGGCCUCAGUCGUGACAGUCGACUGAUCACGCUUUCCUGUU